AUGGGUACGGAGAGGAAAGUAGACGUAAAGGCCCUAGUCAAGGAUCUUAGUGAUUCAUAUCGGCAGCUCGAUGAUUACGUAGCAAAGGAAAAUGAAGAUAAAAGACAAUGGAAUCAGCACUCUCCGGAUAAAAUCACAUCCAAGACUAGAGGCGAACCGACUAAUGAUACAAAUGGAAAACAAACAAAUCAAAAGAUUUCUGCUACCUCCAGUUUUACGUCAAAAGAUGUGGACAGCUCGACUGCCACAAUUAGCCCGCGUAAAGUCAAAAAUAUUUACGCAGAAGACACGACGGAAAGAAGAACCGAUAAGUCAUCGAUUCCUGAAGAUGUUCACAGUCUCUUGGAUGCUUACCCGAAGAAAUUUCAGGAACUUCGACAAAUCAUGGAAGAAACGAAGGAGAGACAUGCGAAAUCAAUCAAUCGAUUGAGACAGAAGUUAAAGAAGGACGCCCUCAGGCAAGAAGAAGAAGCAAGGGAAGCUGCCAAACGAGACGCACAGGCUGAAGCAGAUAAACUGAGACAUCUGUUGAAAGUACAACGCACCAAGUCACAACGGGUCAUGGAAAAUAUGAAGAUUGAAAAACAAAAACUGGUCAACAGCCAAGCCAAAAGCAACAGGGCAUUGCGACAGACGGAAAAUAAAUUUGCUGACAUCCAGAAAGGGUUGUUUACUAUCAAGAAACAGCUGGCAAAGAGUCAACGAGAAAAGGCCAUGAGUGACCAGGACAGAGUCGAACAGCGAUCAAAGGCCAUUAAACAGAAGAAACGCGCGGACGAACUCCAGCGAGAUAUCAAAUCGCUCGAAUCAGGUAUCGAAACGGUUAGACUUCUAAACAUGCAAAACGAAAAUGUAACACAGCAUGACUACGAUGUAAUCAACUGGAAAUUCCGUUCCAUAGUGAAACUCGUCAGGGAAGUCGAGUCUAUCGCUACUCCGCCAGAUCUGGGAAAGACGCCUUCUUUGCAGACUAUCAUGGAAGCGACAAAUUCACGGGGAUCGAGAGUUCGACUACCAGCUAUCGGCUAUCCGCGUCGUCUGGCUAUCAAAGGAGAACAACGCGCAUUUAAAGGACGAGGCCAAAAUAGGCAGAUAGUCUACCCACAAAAGAAAGUAGUCCAUCAAAUACCAAGAAGAAAUGACCAGAAUGAAACUAAGGUUAAGUCCAACAAGGUACAAAUGUUGGCUCUAACGAUGCCAGAGAAGAAGCCAAAUGACAAACGCGAUAGUUCGUCGACGUCGGAUUCAACAAGCACCGGAAAGUCGCGGCAGUCACGGCAAAAUAAUGAAAGAGAGAAGUCUGAUGAUUAUGCAUCCGACUUCUCAUCCGAAAACUCAUCCGAUUCGUCUACCAGGGAAACACAAAAUUCAAGAAAUCAAAGUGAAAUGUUGGCUUUACCAAUGCCAGACACGAGUCCAACUGAUAGCAGGGAAUCUUCUCCAUCGACUAGAGGAUCGACGUCGGAUUCUGGUAGCACCAAGGCACGCUCCGCGUUGUCGCAUCAAUCAACAGCGAACCAAGGAAGUGUCCGGUCAGCGAACAGUGAUGACAAAAAUGAAAAACCUGAAAGUGUCACACCCGAUGAUGCUAAACAAAAGUCGAAAAGUGAGGUCAAAGGUCAGGAAGACCAAGAGGCAGAUGACAAGGAGGAAGACGUCGGUGUGUUCUUAACCUAACUUUCGCAGACAACUAUAAGAAGGACACAGUUUACUUUAGACGCUCAGGGAAAUUCUUUCAAAGCCCCCUUACA